AUGGGCAACAAGCUAAGUUGCUCCUGCGCCCCCCUCAUACGCAAGGCCUACCGCUACGAGGACUCGCCGUGGCAGACCAGCAGGCGUCGCGACGGACAUCUCCUCAGGCUAUGGGCGGAGGUGUUUCACGUGUCGGCCAGUGGCGCCGGCACGGUAAAAUGGCAACAGGUGAGCGAGGAUCUAGUGCCGGUGAACAUAACCUGCAUCCAGGACUCGCCGGAAUGCGUUUUUCACAUCACGGCCUACAACUCGCAGUCGCCGUCGUUUAAGUUUUCGCGCAAAGCCUCCUCAUCGUACUCGCUGAAGCUGGAGCCGCCGAACAAGCAGAAGCUGAAGACGAAGAGAAAACCGUUAAGCACGCCAGCUUCGCCGAACAGAAGCCGCGAGCCGCAGUGUUCUUCAACUUUACCGAGAGCGACAACCAGGGCACUGGAUACUGAAGGAAAAAGUGAUAAAGUUACGGCUGCUACUUCUUCGACAAGUCUUUACGAUAAUGUUGGGUCUACACAAACUGGAACACAAGGUACGAAGGGGGCUCAAAGGGAGGGCAGCCAAACGAGACAACAGCGCGAUCGCGGUGCUCCGCAGCAAUCUGACACCAGUACCAUGACUACGAACACAACUGCAGGACCAAAGACUGUCACAGCCUCCGUUGGUACCGAAAGCACUGUAGGCUCACAGGUUUCCCAGACUGAAUCCCAAUCUCAAACCCAACCCGCCGAAUCUUCCAAGUCCGAGGGCACGCAAGCCGGAGGCUCUAUGCAAUCUUCCACGAAAUCUUCAUCGACUUCCACUCGACCUCCGGCAAGGGACAACGUGCACCACGUGCUCACCAACACGAAGUCAGUCGACUACUCCGACAUGGACAUUCGCGAAGCCGAACUGCGGGCCCAUCACCACAACAUCCUCAACAACAACCUGACGAACCGUCGCAACAAAUCCAAGAGCACGGAGGAUAUGAACCGAGAAAACCCGAUAUCUCUCGACAGCAACACUCUGAAAAGGAUGUUGAAACCGAUGCCCAGCGUCGAGAGUCCGGUUACUUCCCCGGAGAUGGGGCGAAGGAGGUACAAUUAUUAUAAUGCCCAGCACCAUCAUAGACAUCCCAAUAACAACGGAAGGCCGUUGGCGGACGAGCCAGGUCAUCCGCAUCCUAGAUCGGCUUUGUCGCAGAACUCUAGAUUUGCUAGUUCGAGAUCUUCGCACGAAAUUGGUCGCGGUUAUCCCGGAAGAGGUCUCUACCUAGAACUGGAAAGAGGCGCUUGUGGCGACCUCUCUCCACCAUCCGACAACGUUAUUUUUGAUAACCAAUGCUACGCCACCACGCCAAGCUCAAGCAAUGGGAACUCUGAUCCCGAAUCUGCUCAUCACUAUGGAAGACAGAGACACAUGCACCAUCAAAAUUCUAAUGUCACCCCAACUCCUGGUUCACCUACAAGUCGAUUGCUUUUAGAGUAUGAGAUGCAUUUAAGGAAUACACUGGCUAAGGGAAUGGAUGCUGAAAGUUACAGUUUACAUACUUUCGAGGCACUUUUGACACAAAGUAUGGAAAAUCUUGAGUUCGCAGAAAGUUUGCCAGGCUCCAAUCAGCGCAGUCCUUAUCCGGGGAGAAAACACAAAUCUUUUUCAGGCCCGUCUUCUAGCGCCUCGAUGAACAAGUCGUCGACGUUGCCGCAUCGUCUGGGAGCCGGGCAGGUUUCUAGAGAUCGCGAACGAGACAGAGAACGCGACGGUUACUACAGCGACCGAAACGAACUUUUAAGAGAGAAGGAAAGAGAACGGGAACGAGAAAGAGGGUACUUGAGCGACCAUAACUCCAGCUUCAGUUCCCGCUGCGCUUCGUGCAUAGGCGAAAGCAGCCGAGCCCAGUGGUUCCGCCAUUCAGAUGGGUGGCGUUCGGGCAGCUCCAACUUCGGCUCCGGACAAGGUCUUCCUCAAGGUCACAAAAGGUCACCUUGGGACUCGCUGCCAUCCUUGAGGCAGGACAGCAGCCUUAACGACAGCGGGUACAAGAGCAAUCGAGCGGAUAGUUUCGAACAAAGGGGCAUCUUCGAUCGGCAGGACAGUCUACGUAGCGAUUAUAUGAGCGACAGGGAAUCCUCCAGGUAUGGAAUCGUUCAACAAGCCUCGAUCGAAAGUGCAGACUCCAGGUUGUGUUAUCUAACGUCGUCUGAGGUAAGUCGAGCCUGA